AUGGAUCUUGACCUACCACUCCAUAUUGAAAAGCCUCCUGCUAUUACUGAUACUAGCAACGAAGCGAACAACAUUAAGUCUACUUUUCCUGAAAUCGAUGAUGCUAAGGAAUUUAUGAAAGCAGUUGGGGAAUGUUCUCAAAUUGCAGAUAAGUCUCUCGCUGGGACACUAAUGGCUACGCUAAGCACCAUAAAGUUUGAUGGUUCGCGAUCCAUUCAUGAGCAUGUCGUCAAAAUGACAAACUUGGCAGCAAGAUUGAAAGCCUUAGGGAUAAAUGUGGAUGAUAACUUUCUGGUGCAGUUUAUUUUGAAUUCACUGCCCCCUGAGUAUGGUCUGUUCAAACUGAACUAUAAUAUCAUGAAAGAUAAAUGGAAUGUGAAUGAACUUUACAGUAUGCUAGUUCAAGAGGAAACAUGGUUUAAAAAUCAGGGCUCUCAUUCCAUUCAUCUUAUUACCAACCAAGGAGUUGGUAGGAAAGUUGGGAAUAAUAAAGUGAAGGGCAAGCGCGGACCAUUGAAAGUGAAUAUGUCGUCUGCCUAA